CGGGGAAAGGCGCAGCGCGGAGCCGGGCACCGGCGGGGAGGCAGGUCCCGGUGACCUCGGGGCAGCACCGGGGCCCGGCGCGCCCCCCCUCCGCCUGAGUCCCGGCGCCCGAGUCCCCACGCGGGGAUGCGGCGCUGAGCGCGGCGGACGCUGCGGGCCGGGCCGGGCGCGGCGUGGCCUCCGGGCCGCCCAGCGGCUCCACGCGGAAGCCGGCGGGCGGGCGGCGCGCUGUCUCCCGGCGGCGGCGGGGCUGCAGACCGGCUCCUGCGCGGCGGGCGGGUGUCCCCGCGCCGCCCUCCAUGGCGUUCAUCCGGAAGAAGCAGCGGGAGCAGCAGCUGCAGCUCUGCUCCAGGGAGCGAUUCUCCUUGCUCCUGCUUAACUUGGAGGAAUACUACUUUGAGCAGCAUACAGCUCAUCACAUCCAGCCUAAGGGCACUCACAAGGAAAGGAGAGUCAGAGGCUCCUUGAAAAUAUGUUCAAAAUCUGUUAUUUUUGAACCAGAUGAAAAUUCCCAGCCCAUCAUUAAGAUUCCUUUGAGAGACUGUCUAAAAAUAGGAAAACAUGGAGAAAAUGGAGCCAGUAGACACUUUGCAAAGGCAAAAUCGGGGGGGAUUUCACUCCUCUUCAGUCAGGUAUUUUUCAUUAAAGAACACAACAUUGUUGCACCGUAUAAAAUAGAAAGAGGCAGAAUGGAGUAUGUCUUUGAACUGGAUGUUCCAGGGAAAGUGGAAGAUGUUGUGGAGACGUUGCUUCAGCUUCACCGAGCAUCCUGCCUUGACAAACUAGGGGACCAGACUGCUAUGAUAACGGCUAUUUUGCAGUCACGUUUGGCGAGAACAUCAUUUGACAAAAACAGGUUCCAAAAUGUUUCUGAAAAGCUGCACAUGGAAUGCAAAGCAGAAAUGGUGACCCCUCUGGUGACAAACCCCGGCCACGUGUGCAUCACGGACACCACCCUGUAUUUCCAGCCUCUCAAUGGCUACCCGAAGCCCGUGGUCCAGAUCACACUCCAGGACAUCUGCCGCAUUUACAAGAGGAGGCACGGCCUCAUGCCUCUGGGAUUGGAAGUGUUUUGCACAGAAAAUGACCUGUGUUCUGACAUCUACCUAAAGUUCUACGACCCUCAAGAUCGAGAUGAACUCUAUUUUUAUAUUGCCACGUAUCUAGAGCACCACGUGGCGGAGCGCACGGCCGAGAGAUAUACGCUGCAGUGGCAGCGCGGCCACCUCUCCAACUACCAGUACCUGCUGCACCUCAACAACCUGGCCGACCGCAGCUGCAAUGACCUGUCCCAGUACCCGGUGUUCCCCUGGGUGAUCAGCGACUACUGCAGCUCCGAGCUGGAUUUGUCAAAUCCAGGAACCUUCCGGGAUUUGGGGAAGCCAGUAGGGGCCCUAAAUAAGGAGCGACUGGAGAGACUGCUGGCACGCUACCAGGAGAUGCCGGAGCCGAAGUUCAUGUACGGCAGUCACUACUCAUCCCCGGGUUACGUGCUGUUCUAUCUUGUCAGGAUCGCACCAGAGCAUAUGCUGUGCCUACAGAAUGGAAGAUUUGAUAACGCAGAUAGGAUGUUCAACAGUAUUGCAGAAACUUGGAAAAAUUGCUUGGAUGGUGCCACAGAUUUUAAAGAGUUGAUUCCAGAAUUCUAUGGCGAUGAUGUCAGCUUCUUAGUCAAUAGUCUGAAGUUGGAUUUGGGGAAGAGACAAGGAGGCCAGAUGGUGGAUGACGUGGAACUUCCGCCUUGGGCACGGAGCCCCGAGGACUUUCUCCAGAAGAGCAAAGAGGCGCUGGAAAGCAAUUAUGUGUCCGAGCACCUUCACGAGUGGAUUGACCUGGUGUUUGGCUACAAGCAAAAGGGAAGCGAGGCUGUGGGGGCCCAUAAUGUAUUUCACCCCCUGACCUAUGAAGGAGGUGUGGACCUGAACAGGAUCGAGGAUCCUGACGAGAAAGUAGCCAUGCUGACCCAAAUCUUGGAAUUUGGGCAGACACCAAAACAGCUCUUUGUGACACCACAUCCUCAAAGGAUCACCGAGAAGUUCAAAAGUUUGCCCCAAACCUCCUGUGAUAACGUUUCCAUAUCGGAUUCUCCAGGUAAAUUUUGCAAAGAAAAUAAAUGGGAAGAGUCUUUUGAGGACCUGACUGAAGAAAGCAAAAAACUGGCCUGGAAUAACAUAGCAAAACUGCAGUUGCACGAGCAACAUAAACUCCACAAAAAGGCGGUUACUGGAAUAGCAGUCUCUUGCAAUGGCUCAUCCGUCUUUACGACGUCACAAGAUUACACCUUGAAAAUGUUUUCCACAGAAUCCAAAAUGCUACAAAGAAGUAUAUCAUUUUCAGAUUUGGCAUUAUCGUCUUGUUUACUUUUACCAGGAGAUGCCACUGUCAUAAGUUCCUCAUGGGAUAAUAAUGUCUAUUUUUAUUCUAUAGCAUUUGGAAGAAGCCAGGGCACAUUAAUGGGACAUCAGGAUGCUGUUAGCAAGAUCUGUUGGCAUGACAACAGGCUGUAUUCUGCAUCGUGGGAUUCUACUGUGAAGGUGUGGUCUAGUGUUCCUGCAGAAAUGACAGGCACCAAGAGACACCAGUUUGACCUGCUGGCUGAGCUGGAACAUGAUGUCAGUGUGGAUACCAUCAGCUUAAAUGCUGCAAGCACACUGUUGGUUUCAGGCACCAAAGAAGGCACGGUGACCAUCUGGGACCUCACGACGGCCACCAUACUGCACCAGAUUCCGUGCCAUUCGGGGACUGUGUACGACACUGCUUUUAGCCCAGACAGUCGCCAUGUCCUUAGCACGGGAGAAGACAGCUGUGUGAAUGUAAUAGACGUGCAGACAGGAAUGCUUAUCUCUUCUAUGACUUCUGACAAGCCCCAGAGGUGCUUUAUCUGGGAUGGAAACACUGUUUUAUCUGGAAGUCAGUCUGGUGAACUGCUUGUUUGGGACCUUCUUGGAGGAAAACUCUGUGAGAGAAUACAGGGACAUAAAGGUGCUGUGACAUGUAUAUGGAUGAACGAACAGUGUAGCAGUAUCAUCACAGGAGGGGAAGACAGAAAAAUUAUGUUCUGGAAAUUGCAGUAUUAAGUGCCUUUUCCUCUCCUAAAUGUUAAGAACUCUAAUGUAUUUUUAAACCAUACUUUUAAAUGAACUGGUGGAAGUGCAAUGAUAGUAAUUAGAAGUUUUACCACAAAAGAAAGUUGAGGUUUUAAACUUUCUAAAUCAUGGUGACAUCAUUGAAAACUAUGAGUUGCCAUCCUGUAAGGGUAAAGGUACAGCACUGUUAGGGAGAAACAUUACAUUUGUAAGGCAGGUGAUCAUCCCAAUAUGAUGGUCAGAAGACAGAUUUGAGUGGCAGAGAAUCUAAACUGGGGAACAUCCCAAAAGCACUUAAUUUAGGAUUUUCCAAGAAAGUGUGCAGUAUUCUCUACUAUUGAGUCACUAUUUUGUCUUCCUGACUUACACAAUCGCUGCCCACUGGGUUUGGGGUGUGUUUUCAUGGUGUGGUUACUUUCUAUAACCUACUGUUCCUGGAGGAUAAGGACCUGGGGAAGGAAUAGCAGUUCUUAUAACAGUAAGUUUAUUGUGUAUAGGAACAGUUUAUUUCAUUAUAACAGUAAGUUUAUUGUGUAUAGGAACAGUUUAUUUCAUUAUAACUAUUAAAUGGUCAUCUUUUCUACAUUAAAAAUAUUUUUCUGUAAUGAAACGUUUUCAUUUUCUUAUUUAUUACAAAAACUAGGACUUUUCAAGUAUUGAUUCUCCUAGAAAACCAUACUUAAGUGAUGUGAAUGUUGUUCUUGUUGGAACCAUCUUUAGAUCCAAGUUCAGACAGCAAACUAGAUCAUCAAACUGGGAAACACUGGUUUGCUUUGCUAAAUUUCAAACAAGGUAAGCUGCAAAGCAGUAACUUCUUUUCUAAACCACAAUAAGAUGGGAUUUUAAAUUUUUCUAUACUCUUAAAAAUCUUGCUGGCAGUUAUGGCUUAGGGGAAAACUUGAGUCAGACCAGGAUGAUAGAAUUUUCAGUGACUCUAAACAUGACUUGGUCUCAAGUAUUACUAGGGAGAAUCUACAGCCUUACCCGAGUCCGGAUGCUCACCUUGAGGGUUGCAGACCUGUCCAUCAGCAUCACAGCUGCUGCAGAGACAACUCCCACCACAGGUCCCAGGUGAAUUUCACAUGCCUGUUUUCUAGGUCAUGUACUAGUUUAGUGAAAGCCAUGGACAGUUUCCAAAAGGUGCAAUAAUAGACUGGCUAAAUUUUAUUUAUACAUACAUAUUUAAUUAGAAUAAGUAGAAACCAAAAAGGAGGGGGAAAAAAAAUCAGGGUAAAGUGUCAAUGCCAUUUUGUUUGCAGGGAGAAGUCAGAAAUAGAACAAAUCACCAGGACAACAUGGUUUGUUAAGACCCUCCUAAAGCAGUUAAGUUAUAUAAUCUAUGAAUGAAAAAAAAGUCAAAAAUUUAUUCUACUUAGCAUAAGAAUUUUUACAUUAAAUAUAUAGUAAUUCAUUUGUCAGAAAAUGAUACCAGGAACUAUGAGUAGUUGCAUUACACAAUGACUAUGACUAGAAAAUCUCAACUGCAACUAAGCAGCUAUGCUAUAUAUAUAUAGCUCUUGUUCUGGGCUAAGGUACAUUUCAGUUUAAUAUAGAACUGCAUUAUGGAUGUAGAAAGGCAGCAAUAAUUAUGUUUUGGCUUUUCUUCUAGAUGCUUAAGUUAAGGCAGCAGUUCAAGCAAGUGAAGGUAGUUAAAAUUUAAUACAACUUGCAUACACUGUUUUAAUGCUUUCUACAUGGAAUGAAACCAGUGUUAUUUAAUUGGUGUUUACAGAAACACACUACACACAGGUAACUAAAAAAACAAAACACAACUACCAAAAGCAAUCAUUCUAAAUGUCCUAUGAUAACAGUAAAAAUGCAAAUAUACCAUAGAACUAAAGUAACAACAAUACUUGGUUUAUAGGACAAAGGUGACUGGCUCCAACACAAAGCUAAGCCUGCAUCAGUCAUUCUAAUCAUAAUGGCUUGAAAAGCAUCAGGUUUCCAGUAGAGAAACUAAUCUAGGAAAGUCCUUUGAUUUUGAGAGUUUCACAUCUGUAAAACCAGGAUAAGGCUACAACUAUUUUGAAGUCUGAGCAAUUAUCAGAUCAAACAGUUAGAUUCCCAGCUACACUGUAGA